AUGCCUAUACAACUAUUGCCGGCCUCUGCCGCAGCGUUUGCGCCCCGCUCAGCGCCGACAAUCGUUCUCAACUCUCGCGUGGAACCGUGGUUAACUCAGACGCUGAAACGGAUAAACCGAGUCAAGCGUCCCCUCAACAGCGUGCCGCAGCACUACCGAUGUCUCACAGAGACACUCUCCGGCGCAGCGGCGAUCUGGUCCCUGUGCUCCGUCAUGGUCCCCAAGGCCCCCGAUUCUGAACUGCGAAAGGACCCCAAUCCACUGGUGGAGGCGCUGUUCAACUACCAGUUCAUCCACAUCGAGGCUUACGUCGUACAUGUGGACAUGGUGUCACAACACGAAGUCGCGUUCAAGCUUACACCGGAGACUAUCGAGGCGCUCAUCGAAUACCACAAGGACAUCUACUCCGUCGAUACGGCUGCCAGCACCUGGUCAUGGGCCGAGAAGGAAGUCCAGCUGAAGAAGCUCCAGGACGAGUUUGUUCAAGCCGUCAAUCGCUACGUCUUUCGGACAGGUGUGCGGGCUCUGGAAGGUCUUGAGGAGGAUGGCGCCGGUGAGCUUCUGGAAGGGAGGGGUGAGGAUGUCAAGAACGCCAUCAUGGGACUCUUCCAUCCAUUGCUGCCACCGCCGCCGAGGAUAGUGGACGUCGUUCGCCCGGCUCCGCUGCUUCCGAGCUCACCAGCAGCUGGAAAUUGGUGGCAACCGACGCAACCGUUGCCGGCGCCUCAAGCAAUGCCGUUUGAGUCCUGGCGCGUGCUUCCGUCGACCCCUAGUCCCACCAUUACCACCUGCAGCGAUCAGCAGCCUACCUUCUGGAGCACCAUGGGUAUGGACAACCUCCAGCUACCUUCCCCGACGCCGUCUUUCAGUCAGCCAUACUGCACGACAAACCAGUACUCUACUCCACCGCAAGUGUCGGCUCCUAUGCUGGCUCUUCCGCUACCAAGCGUGCUGGCUCAGCAAUGCUCGCCGAACUACACGAGCGCUGGCUUCGGCGGGUUUUCGUGGAGCUACAACGACUUCGCACCGCAGUAUGCUACCGCCAUAUAG